AUGCCCGGAAGACCUGAAGAUCGCACAUCCGCGGACUCUCAAGUAUCAAAGAAGUCUUUAACCCAGCAAUAUACGUCCCGACGCGCAACUGCCUCCCCCGCGAUCAAUGUUCCAGACGAAGGGCCUCCGAACAGACUACGCAGCCAUGUAUGCACCAUAUUCGGUGAUGCGCAGAGCACCUCAGCUGGCCACAGAAAGUUGGUCGUUGGCCUCCGGAAAUUGCAGGAAGAUUGUGCUUAUGAGCCCACGUUAAGCAAGGGAACUGAGAAAUUUGCCCAGCAUGCGGAGGAGGAUUUCAAUGUCGAAUUCACCAGAUGUAUAAUCAGACUGAUGAUUGUGAAGAAAGGUGAAAAUAUUGGAGACAAGUUGGUCAGGUUUAUCUGCAUGUUCUUGAAGUACGCAAAUGGCGCACUGAUACCUGAUGCUGAGCAGGAUGAUACCAUGACUGUUGUGGAGACCGCCACUUCGCGAUUGAUGAUGCAUGUCUUCUCUUUGCUGUUGCAAUUCCUUAAUUCCAAGGAGAAGACUGUACGAUAUCGAGCCACACAAUUGGUCGCCCAUAUCAUCAAUUCCAUGGACUCGAUAGAUGAUGAAUAUUAUCACCUUGUAAAAAUGGGGUUGCUCAAGAGGAUUUAUGAUAAGGAAGCAGCAGUCCGAGUACAUGCUGUGAUGGGUCUAGGUCGGCUUGCUGGUAAUGACGACGAAGAUGACCAAGGACAAGACAGCAGUGAUGACGACAGCAGUGGAUUAUUUGAAAAGCUGCUUGAGGUUCUCCAAAAUGAUCCGAGCGCUGAAGUCCGCCGCUCGUUACUACUUAACCUCCCUUUGACACCCACAACCUUACCUUAUCUUUUAGAGAGGGCUAGAGAUACAGAUCCUGCUACCAGACGGGCUUUGUACGCGCGACUACUUCCAGCUCUUGGGGAUUUUCGACAUCUUUCGUUGUCAAUGCGAGAAAAACUGCUUCGUUGGGGGCUUCGCGACCGUGACGAAAACGUCAGGAAAGCCACAGCACGAUUGUUUCGAGAGCGAUGGAUCGAGGACUGCGCGGGACCAGUAAAUCAGUCCCCUGAUGGACUAUGUGGUCAAGUCAAUCCUCCAAGCGCAGACGCACUGUCAGAGCUUCUGGAGCGAAUCGACAUCGUCAACUCUGGUGUCGAAGGAGGCAUUGCUAGUGAAGCUAUGAAGGAGUUCUGGGAAGGCAGACCAGACUAUCGCGAGGACUUGGGUUUCGCCGAUUCAUUUUGGAUGUCUCUGACACCGGAAAGCGCUUUCAUAGCAAGAUCGUGGAACGAUUAUCAUCGCGAUCAAGACAAAGGCGAUCAUGAGGACUUCAUAGAGCGAAAAAUGCCAGAGGUAACCAAGCUAGCCUUCUUCUUGCAAGGAAGUAUCAACGAACUCAAUGAUAUGCUACAGAGAAAUAGUGCCUUGAGCGAAGGCGAAGAAGGAGAAGAGACUAUCGAGCAGGAGUUCAUUGUGGAGCAAAUGCUGCACAUAGCUAAAUCUCUCGACUACAGUGAUGAAAUAGGCCGCCGAAAAAUGUUUUCCCUUCUUCGAGAAAGUCUGGCGAUUCCUGAGCUUCCCGACGAGACGACCAAUCUGAUUGUAAAUGUUCUUCGAGACAUUUGUGGAAAUGAUGCUGGCGGAGAGCGAGAGUUCUGUGGGGUUGUCCUCGAAGCUAUUGCUGAAGUCCAUGACGCAAUAGCCAUGGACGGUGCAGAUAAUGAAGAAGCCAGCUUUCACUCAGCUCAGUCAGAGCUUAGUGACGAAAUAUCUACGAAAAACCCGCCAGGCCAAAGCAGUGAAGCCGAAGAGGUUGACGAAGCAAAAGCCAUCCGGGAAAUCAUGAUCAAUAUGAAGUGUUUGCACAUCGCGCAGUGCAUGCUAGAAAAUGUGGAGGCGGCCUUGCAGUCGAACAUGCAUUUAGUGACGAUGCUGAACAACCUUGUGGUUCCAGCCGUGAGAAGCCACGAAGCACCGGUCCGAGAGAAGGGGCUUAUUUGCAUAGGCCUAUGCUCUUUAUUGGACAAGAAUUUGGCAGAAGAGAACCUAACCUUGUUUCUCCAUUGCUUCAACAAAGGGCACGAGGCCUUACAAGUGAGCGCAAUUCACACGCUUUCAGACAUACUCGAAACACAUCCAACGUUGCUCACAGCUCAAGAUAUCAACACAGAUCUGCCAAAGGCGAUUGCAAAGAUGCUCAGUAAGGCAAUCAAGGCGCAACAAUCGUUCGACGUCCAAACAGCUGCCAUUACGGCUCUUUGCAAGCUGAUGCUCAUGUCUGUGAUUACGGAUGAAGAUCUGCUGAAGCAGGCAGUGAUCUUGUUCUUCGAUCCCGCUUCUAAGGAUAAUGCCUCAAUGAGGCAAGCACUGAGCUAUUCCAUCCCGGUUUACUGUUACAGUAGAAGAGAAAAUAUGGAGCGUAUGGCACGUAUUGCCGCUAACGUCCUUCAUUCAAUUCUCGAUCUAUGUGAGGAGAUUGAUGAAUGUGAAGACAUAAUUAGCAUCAAUAUGGUCGGAAACCUCCUUGUUGAGUGGACCGAUGCGAGGAAGCUCGUAAUCUAUGAUGAUUUUGCACAGGGUCGGGACGAGUCUAGCCCGAAACAAAAUGGCGUUGCCAAUGGCGACACCCACCUUCUGUUAGCAGUGAAUCUCCUCGAACGAGUUCUAGGCCACGGAUGCUCCAAAAAUGAUCGCAAGGCACUUGUUAGUAUGCUUGGCAAGCUGUACAUUACUUCAAGCUGCGCGAAGGAGAGAUUACAGGAGGCUACUGAUUUGGUGAAUGAAGCCAUCGAUAACAAGAUUGCAGGCGACGCUGCAUCUCGUACGGCGCUCAACAAGUUACACGGUGUCCUAAAGAAAGCACUAGGCGAAGGCAGCAAUCAGCAAAAUAUUCCUGCUGAUGAGAUAGAGCAGCCAGCAAAAUUGACCGACUACUUGGCCUCAGACGACGACACUAAUGAUCAUGGUCUUGAUGAAGGCCCCGAAGGUGCUAAGAAGGCAAACGAGAGAGAUUCGGUGCUAGAGGAAUUGCUAGAGGACGACUAG